AUGGCGGAUCAGGAAAAAAUCGGGUACAGCCCAAAGGCCAACUCGCCGGAGCAUAGCUCUAUCUCGGCUGAACAGAGAGAGAAUGCAGGCUCUGGGGAUGGGAAACUCGUCGAUCCCGAUGUCGUUCACUCCCAGCCGAGCGGCCGACUCAAUGUCGUCUUCGAGAAUCCCUUGGCAGACCUCCCUCGCGACAAGCUCAUGCAGAAUGUCGAGCAGUUCUGCCAAAAGUAUAAUCUGAUGGACCACAUCGAGUCUUUUCGCAAGGGAGCUCUGAUUUCCCAAAAUCCGGCAGGCGCCCAGGACCUGACCGAGCUAACCGACGAGGACAAAGCGAUUAUUCUUAGGGAGCAUACCCAUAAAUGGGACCAGCCGUUCACCUUGUAUUGGCUUGUUAUAAUGUGUUCGCUUGCUGCCGCCGUGCAAGGCAUGGAUGAAACUGUGAAUAAUGGCGCACAAGCUAUCUACUUAGAGCAAUUGGGUAUCAACAGUCGGUUCACAGGCCAGCAGCUGAAUAAUAUCACUGGGUUGGUCGUUGGCGCCCCUUAUCUCUGCUGUGCCAUUGUCGGCUGCUGGCUCACCGAGCCCAUGAAUCGCUUCCACGGCCGCCGUGGUGCCAUUUUCCUUAGUUGUUUUAUUGCCGCGGUGGCCUCGAUCUGGGAGGGCGUUGCCAACUCCUGGGUGAACUUAUUUAUUGCCCGCUUUGUCCUUGGGCUUGGAAUCGGCCCCAAGUCGUCGACAGUACCUGUAUAUGCCGCCGAGUGCUCUCCCGCUCCGAUUAGAGGCGCCUUGGUCAUGAUGUGGCAGAUGUGGACUGCUUUUGGAAUUAUGCUUGGUAAUAUAAUGGGCGUCGCAUUUAUGAGCCUCGCUCCUGAUCUUUCGUGGCGUCUCAUGCUAGGAUCUACUGUUGUUCUGCCUAUUAUUGUCUGUGCCCAAGUCUAUUUCUGCCCAGAAUCCCCUCGUUGGUUGAUCCAGCACAACAAGAUCAACAAGGCUUUCCGGUCCUUUCGCAAACUGCGACCCAGUGAUCUCCAAGCGGCUCGUGACCUCUAUUAUGCCUAUAUUCUUGUCGAGCUGGAACGUGAAGUCAACAAAGACAAGGGCUUUUUUUCCAUGGUCCUUGAACUCUUCACUGUGCCACGUAAUAGACGAGCUACUUUAGGCAGCUGGAUCGUCAUGUUCAUGCAACAAUUCUGUGGCGUCAACGUUAUUGCCUACUACUCGACUACAAUCUUUACCGAGUCCGGUUACAGCAUCCAGUCUGCACUAUUGGCAUCCAUGGGUACUGGUAUUCUGAAUUGGGUGUUUGCCUUGCCAGCAUGCUUCACCAUCGACACGUUUGGACGACGAAAUCUACUUCUUACUACGUUCCCAUUCUUAUCUAUAUGCCUUUUCUGGACAGGCUUUUCAUUCUGGAUUGAAGCGGGCAAGGCAAUCAGUAAAAAGCGAGUGGCCAUGGUCACAACGGGAAUGUAUCUUUUUGAAGUAUUUUACUCCCCUGGCGAAGGUCCUGUGCCAUUCACCUACUCUGCAGAAGCCUUUCCGCUACACAUACGAGAAGUCGGUAUGUCGUGGGCAACGGCCACUUGUUGGUGCUUCAAUUUCAUUCUGUCAUUCACUUGGCCGUCGUUGCUAUCUACGUUCAAACCCCAGGGGGCGUUUGGCUGGUAUGCUGCUUGGUGUAUCAUAGGAUGGUUCCUGGUCUUGCUCUUCCUACCUGAAACUAAAGCAUUGACCCUGGAGGAAUUAGACCAAGUCUUUUCCGUACCGACAUGGAAACAUGCAUCUUAUCAAAUAAAGAACUCGAUAUGGCACUUCCGUGUCUAUGUUUUGCGCCAGAGACUAGAACCGUUGCCUCACUUUUACGAAGGUGCCGAAAAGCUCAUGGAGUCAUGA